CAGUGUGUUGCUAGAUGUUGCCAAGACGUAAUUUUGUGGUUCAUACUUAAUGUAAAAAUGUUCCCUCACAGAGAAGAGUAAGAAAAUAUCCUAAAUAUUUUACAUUUUGCCUUUAAUUUUGGAACUGCUCGCUGAUGUCUGUAUUAUCUCUCUCUCUCCCCACCUGCCUCCCCAUCCUAGCCUGGUUGGGAAGAAAGAAUUCACUUGGACGGCCGAACAUUUUAUAUUGAUCAUAAUAGCAAAAUCACCCAGUGGGAAGACCCAAGACUGCAGAACCCAGCUAUUACUGGUCCGGCGGUUCCUUACUCCAGGGAAUUUAAGCAGAAAUACGACUACUUCAGGAAGAAAUUGAAGAAACCUGCUGAUAUUCCAAAUAGGUUUGAAAUGAAACUUCAUAGAAAUAACAUUUUUGAAGAGUCUUACCGGAGAAUCAUGUCUGUGAAAAGACCAGAUGUCCUUAAAGCUAGACUCUGGAUUGAAUUUGAAUCGGAGAAAGGUCUUGACUAUGGGGGUGUGGCCAGAGAAUGGUUCUUCUUACUGUCCAAGGAGAUGUUUAACCCGUACUAUGGUCUCUUCGAGUACUCUGCCACGGACAACUACACACUUCAGAUCAAUCCAAAUUCAGGCCUCUGUAAUGAAGAUCACUUGUCCUAUUUUACUUUUAUUGGAAGAGUUGCUGGUCUGGCAGUGUUUCACGGGAAACUUCUGGAUGGUUUCUUCAUUAGACCAUUUUACAAAAUGAUGUUGGGAAAGCAGAUCACUCUGAACGACAUGGAAUCUGUGGAUAGUGAAUAUUACAACUCUUUGAAAUGGAUCCUAGAAAAUGACCCUACUGAACUGGACCUUAUGUUCUGUAUCGAUGAAGAAAACUUUGGACAGACAUACCAAGUGGAUCUGAAGCCCAAUGGGUCAGAAAUAAUGGUAACAAAUGAAAACAAAAGGGAGUAUAUUGACCUAGUCAUCCAGUGGAGGUUUGUCAACAGGGUCCAGAAGCAGAUGAACGCCUUCCUGGAGGGAUUCACUGAACUGCUUCCUAUUGAUUUGAUUAAAAUUUUUGAUGAAAAUGAACUGGAGUUGCUGAUGUGCGGCCUUGGUGACGUGGAUGUGAAUGACUGGAGACAACAUUCUAUUUACAAGAAUGGCUACUGCCCAAACCACCCUGUCAUUCAGUGGUUCUGGAAGGCUGUGCUGCUGAUGGACGCUGAAAAGCGUAUCCGGUUAUUGCAGUUUGUCACCGGAACGUCCCGAGUACCUAUGAAUGGAUUUGCAGAACUUUAUGGUUCCAAUGGUCCUCAGCUGUUUACAAUAGAGCAAUGGGGGAGUCCUGAAAAACUUCCCAGAGCUCACACAUGCUUUAAUCGCCUUGACUUACCUCCAUAUGAAACCUUUGAAGAUUUACGAGAGAAACUCCUCAUGGCUGUGGAAAAUGCUCAAGGAUUUGAGGGGGUAGAUUAAACGCCCCUUGCCUCAGGAUGGUUGUUCAUCAGCAAGUCCUGCUUGCACGUGCCUGACAGACUUUGCAGAGACGACGGCAGCAGUUGCACGGUGCGGCUUCUGGAGCAGAGCCUUUCCCGGGACUUGCCCAGGUUCAGCUGUGGGAACCCAGGCCAGUCGUGUUCCUGCAUUUCCACCGUGAAUUAUCAACUGGGUGAUGUGUACACUAAUUACAUUUCAGAAGGACUUAGUUCUAUUUAUGUUGUGCCUCUGUAGGCAAAGCCCUUAAUAAAUAUUUUACAUACUUUAUAAUGACAAUGAAUGGAAUUAAUCACUCUACAGGUAUAGUAUUACAGCUCAUGUUUACUUUUUAAAAUGAUUUAGACCGAUUUUCAGAUCUUAUUUCAUUACAAUUAAAGAUGUCUCGUGUACUUGGAAAAGUGAGCAUAUUUUUUUUGUAUAUGAAUUUCAUACCAGGUUUAAUGUCAGUGACAUUUUUAUUUUUGAAGUCCUUUGACAUCCUUACCCCCUACUUUAUGAGACUUGGGAGACUGAUUUUUGUCCAAAAAACUUCUACAGACAAGUACUUUGAGAGACUUUAAAAUACAACAUCAGGCAUAAUUAUGAUUCUUUUCCAUACUCAGAAUGAAAAAAAACUGGAUAUUCCAUUUUUUCAUUCAAAUCUAGCGUCAUACAGGCUAAGAGAAUUGUAACGUCGUAUGACAAAUUUUGUGUUGACUGGAAAGAAUUACACCAUUAUUCUUCAGAAGUGAUCAUGUGUGCUAUGUAUUACAUGUUUGAGACAGGAUUGGACUCAUUUCUCACAACAGAAAUUAUGUAACCCUUCCUGAAGCUGUACAGUCAUUCUUUUAUUAUAGUUUCCUCUUUGCUGUUCGUAAUAGAGACAUUUGAAUGACACUUGGCACUCCUUGAUUUGAAACUGUGGAAACCAGAUUUGUUCUGUCUCCUAUUUGUGUAGCAUUUGCUGAUGGUAGCUAAAUAAUCGAUUUUUGUCCUAACUGCACCAAUUCUGAAGGCACUUUAUGUACUACAUGGAGGUCAUAUCUGGUUUUGUUGAUGUUCUGUUUUUUUUUUUUUUAUCAUAGACAUUAAAUGUGAUGAUUAUUUCUUCUCCCCGCACACAUCUCUCCGGUGCACUAUCAGUUGUGAAUCUGGCUGAUGGUGU